GCUUUCUCGGUAUCUUUGGUGGACUUCAUCCACUCGCCAUCAGAGCAAUCGGCCUCCGAGAAGCGACAGUCUCAGCCAUGGAAGAGAACAGCCUACUGCAGGAGCUGGUGUCGGUGGUGAAAUCCCUGGAGGCGGCCCAGCUGGAGCCGCGCGCCUUGAGCGAGGCGGAGAGCCAGGCGCUGGACCGCACGCGCGACCCCAGGACGCCGGUGGUGGCCUGGGCGGGGAAGAACGCCACGGCGGGCGAGCGCCUGCAGCUGCGGAGCCUCGCGCAUCGGAUUUGGGCGGCCUUGGGCCACAGCAGCACGGAACCCUUGCAGGGUGCCAAGUGCCGCAGCCUCGCCUGCGAGCUCCUGGAGGAAGGUCUCGAGGAGUCCGCGGCUUCCGCGGGUUCGUCUGAUGCGGCGCUGCUGGCGUCGCACUGGGCGCUGACGGGACGUGCCUGGGCUCUGGCCAAGGAGGAUGCUGUGGCUUUGCAGUGCUUCGGCCGCGCAUCCAAAAGCGCUGCAGGUACCAAGAACGCGGAGGCGGACGUCCAGGCGCGGCUCUGGGCGGCGGAGGUGCUGUUCCGGCGCGGAGACUACGCGGAGAGCCUGGAGGAGCUGGCGCAGGCAAAGGGGCAGCUGCGUCAACUGCCGCCUCAAAUGCUGGACAACUUGCUCUGCGUUUGCUACACACAGGCGAGCAGCCACCGCAGCGCCCAGAACUUCCCGCAGGCCGUGGAGCUGCUGAACCUGGCGCUCUCCGCGGGCAACAUGCCUGCGGCCACCAAGUGCAAGCUGUUGCGGCUUCUUGCCCUGUGCCACGUGCCAGAGCUGGACGUUGCGCUUGCACACGCCCGGCAAGCGCUGGCGUUGGCUGGUUGCUCCAAGGAUCGGGUGGCGGCGCAAGAGGUGCUUCUGGAGCUCCUUCAGAGCCGGGAGUGCAACGCACAGAAAGAGGAGGUCCGGAGCCUGGCCUUGAGCCUUGUGAGGGAGCCGGAAUCCUCUGUGGCGCUGUGCGUGGCAACCUGCCAAGUGCUGCUGGACUACGGCAUGCACCAGGACGCACAGCAGCUGUCGGCCUCGCUGAGAUCGCGGCCCGGGCUCGGUGAGGAGCAGCGAAGGGAGUUGCUCCUGCAGACGCUGCAGAUGGCUGCCGAAGCAGUGAUCCAGAGCAAGGCCGAGGCAGAGCAGCACCUGGUCGGUGCCGUGGCAAAUGUGGAGACGUGCGCAGAGCUCUGCUUGCCGGGUGGCAGGCUGCUGUCGGGCUUGGCAUCCAAGCUGUGGAGCGGACGGCCUGAUGAUGCUGCCAACUGGGCGAGCAGAGCCGCACAGAUGAUGUCCAAGAGCAACGAGGCGGGAGAUGAGGCCGCUGACUGCUGGUUUGAUGCAGGCCGGCGUUUCCGGCAGCUGGGGAAGCUGCCGGAGGCGCAGCGCUGCGCCCGCGAGGCGAAAGGGCACGUGGAGGCGCAGCUGCUGCUGCUGGAGCUGGCCUGCGAGGCGGGAAAAGACUGCGCAGAGGGCUGGACUUGCAUGGAGCAACUCCGCCAGAUGGAUCUGACGUUGGCUCAGGCGUCCCGGGCCGCGCAGGCCGCCCGGCAACAGCCCCACGAGGACUUGGCCCUGGCAGCGCUGGAGCUGUUUGUGGCCGCCAGCGAGAGCCAGGCGGAUCUCACGAGCCUCGCCGUGGCGGCGCAUUUGGUGAAGAGGCACACGGAGCUGCAGCGGCCCACGGAGGAGCUGCUGCAGACUUUGGCGGCCGCCCGGCGCCUGGGCGCCCAGUGCCGCCGCGGUUUGGCGGCGGAGCUCAGCUCCGCGGGGCUGGCGGAGCCGGAGCCGCGGCCGGGGCUGGCGGCGCUGCGGCAGCUGGUGGCCUGCGCCUGGGGUCGGGGGGAAGAGCUGGGCCGAAACCUCCAGUGGCAGCAGGCGGCGGCCAUGUUCGAGGCGGGGCACCAGGUCCUGGAAGUCAUCGACAUGGACAGCCAGGGCCUGGACCCCGCGAGGCUCCGGGAGUUCGUGGAUGCGCGAGCUUGGUGCAUGAUUCAGGAUGCCGCGGCGAGAGUGGAGCAGGCGAAGGAUCGCGCCGGCGGUCAGCUCAAAGAGGCGCUGGAGUUGCUGGAGAAAGCACACAGGCUCUGCAAGCAGUCUCGGCAGCUUCAGUCGCAGGGCGCAUUUGCCGAGGCGCCCUGCUCGAGCUCCACGUGGUGCCACCGCCGCUUUUUGACGCUCGUGCUGCAGGAGUUCGAGGUCCGAUGCCUCAUUGGCGAGCCCGAGCAACAGCUGCGGCGCUUCGUGGACACGGCUUCCGCGGAGUCGGAGCUGGGCGUGAAGAGUCUGCUGGCGAUGUCGAAGCUCGCCGCUUCAGCGUCUUGCAGAAGGCCUUUGCCAGGCUUGCCAUCCACUGCCUCCAGCGCUACCUCAAGACCUUCAUCGGUGCUUCGGACGCGGACUUCAAGGAGCUCUUGGCGGCGUAUCGUGAGAUGCUGGCCCUGCAGGCCUCCAGGAAUGAGAGCCUCGUGGUCUUUGACGGCAUCCUGAACUUGCUGGCAGGGGUCAAUGUAUCAAGCGACGCCAAGUUUCCCAAGGAGGAGAUCAAGUGGCUGGUCGCAACCGCAUGGAACACAGGCACACAUUUCUUUCGCUUGCAGCAGUACAGGUGGGCUGAGAAGUGGAUGAGCAAGGGUAUGGCCUUGGCAAAGCUCUGCCCCGGUUCCUUCUCUUCGGAGAAGAUGACUGAGGGCUAUAUUGCUUGCUUGAACCACUGUGCCUAGAUCCACGGCCGCGAUUUUGCCUGGACUUGGGCAUUUCUUAGCAAAAUUCUGCCGGCUCAGCCACUGCUAGCCUGAGUGGGGCGACGAACUCAGC